CCACCGGAAGUUGCAUAUUGCAGCCGAAUUACAACAAACCGAGAAAUUUGGAAAUUUGCGAGUCCAUGUAAGCCUAUAUAAAAGUCAAUGUAAAGUCGACGAUAUUGUCAUAUUGGGAAAAGAACCGUUCGCAAACAGGCUCUCUUUAAAUCAAUUUUGACAGACAGUUGAAAAAAUGCCGAAAAAAUUCAAAGGAGAAAAUUCCAAGGCCGUUGGGGCAAAGGCAAGGAAAGCAGCUGUUCAACACGCAGAGAAAGAGAAAAAGGACCAAGCAUUAGAAGAUGAAUAUUGGAGAGACGAUGAUAAACUUAACGCAAAGAAAUUACAACGGAAGGAUGAUAAAGAAAAGAAACGGAUGGAGCAAUUGGAAAGAAAAAAGGAGUUACAGAAAUUGCACGAUGAAGAGAUGGAGGGCAUGAAGUCAAAAGUUAGCUCAGGAGGGAGUUCAAAGGUUACAAGGGCUCAAAUAGAAGACCAGAUUGUAACGGAGAAGAGAAUAGCAGAUGCUGCCACAGCAAAAUCUAAUGCUUUACCGGAAGAGGCACCGCUUGAGGAUAAUGUCAACAGACUGAUUCCGACGGAUGGAGAGGCUCGCAGUGUAGAUGAUGCCCUUUCAGUACUCAGUGUGAAAGAACCAGAAAUUGAUAUACAUCCGGAGAAGAGGGUCAAAGCUGCUUACCAAAAAUACGAAGACGAACGUUUACCACAGCUCAAAAAGGAGAACCCAAAUUUAAGACUUUCACAAUUAAAACAAAUGUUACGAAAAGAUUGGAUGAAGUCUCCAGAAAACCCUUUGAAUCAAAGGCUGAUGCAAUCGUAGCUAGGAGUAUAAUAUCUAUGAAGAUUCGUUUGGUGAUCAGCUAGUGUCAAGCUAUACGAAUCAGUCAGUACAGAUUGUCGGUUUGUCAACAUCCAACACAUGCAGGCAGAACACAUGCAGGUUUGUCAACAUCCAACACAUGCAGGCAGAACACUUGCAGUUCAGUCUAAAAUCCAGUGACUAUCUGUUAGUAAGAGUCUGGGUUCUUCAUAGUGGGGAUUGUGAUGCUCUGUUAUAGUUUCGCUGGAAGUGGAUCAAUGUUUGGUGCAACAGAGUCCGACAUCAUUAAAUAUGACUGGUAAAAAUGAGACACGUAUUUGAUGGAAGGGAGAUCGAUGUGAUGCUAGAAGACUUUCUAUUCUAAUUGUUUGACAUUGAUCGUGUCAGUCUUCUGUUAACAUACACAUAUUUUAACUAUUCAGUGAAUUGUGUUGUUCUACAUUUCCUCAGUGAAUAUGAAUUAGAUAUUAUAAUAUGUUAAUUGAAUGAGAACAUAUUUCAUGGUUUUUUUCUGUGUUCAAGGAUAACACACAUAUUGAUUUGUUAAUGUUAACCCAGGUGUUGUAAAACAAUUUAAAAUUCUUCCAUUUUGUUUUACCAGAUAAAUGAAGGAUAUUUUGUUGUAAGCAUUUCGUCCAUGUAAACCCCGUAUAAAAGUGCUAGAUACGUUGUUUAAUACAAAUUUAUUUAUACAUGUAUCCAGUUUGUGAAUUUAUUUUUUCAUUAGUUGCCACAUUGAGAGUGUAAUUUCUUCAUAUGUAAAUGCAAGCCAUGUUUUUGUAUUAUAGCAGUGGGACACUGGCAAAUAUGUUCAGCCAGAUGUAAGGGAGGUAAUCCAUUUGUCCUUCGCUAUAACACAUGGGCUGCCAUCACUUAUCACAUGCACUCUCUGUAGAUCUUCCUGACUUUACCCCAGAAAUGUUUAUGUACAUUCGAGUAUCCCGGUUGAAACGGUUCAGGUGGCGCAGAAAUAUUUCACGAUAAACAAACACACUUGGACCCAACUGUAUUCAAAGCUAAAAAAUGCACUAUUUCGGAGAAUAUAAAACAAUAUAUAUAAAGAAUGAUAUUUCCUUCUUUCACAAGUCCACUAAAUUAUAUUAUGUAUCUUAAAAUCUGCAUCUGGAUUGACUUUGUUUUAUAAUGAAAUAAUGCAAACUAGCAAUAGUCAGCAAUUUGGUUUCGGCCAGGCACGUCUAAACCCCUCAAUCAUCAUGUGCCGAAUAUUCCUGAGUUCAGCCUCGGUUCAGAUUUGAGCCUGUCGUUUCCUUUCAGGUUCAACCAUUUCAACUGGUUGGCCUGGAUACGCGAAAGGGGCCAUGUACGUUAACUAAGUGAGGAUGAACCCAAAUGGAUCACUCUUUACAAAAGUACAACAAUUCAUGUUUUAUGAUUUAUUUCAACUAGCAUCAGUAAAUGCAUUUCAAACUAAGAAAAUAGUCUUUGUUUGCGUCAUUAAAUUUAUUAAAUCUAGUGCAUAAAGGGACUAUGCCUUCUGAUUCAGACAAUAGGAUCUAAUGUCCAAGUCUCAAUUCCUACUUACUUAUAUAUUCCAUUACCGUUACCAAGUGUUACUGCAGUCUAUAAUUAUUUGGGUCAUUAAAUAAGCUAAAAAAGUAAAACAAAAGCAAAUCAACUCCUUGUUUAGUUUAGAAAACUAAAGACAGCUAAGCGAAGCAGGCCCGAUUACAUAAGAACUAUUAUAAUUAUAACUGGGGACUACUUCACAAAGGAACUACUUUUUUUAUUUGGAUGAUUUUGGACAGUAUACAUUGAUGAAUGCUUUACCUCGAUAACAUUUGCAUUUAAAGAUAAACCUAAUUUUACACAUUCUCUUCUGUUACUGAAACGUCAUUUAAUUUAUCCAUGUUAUGGCUAAAACGUCAUGUGUUCAUCAUGAUAUACAUUUUGGAUGUGUAUUUUUGUUAGUAAGACAUAAUCUGAUACACUGUAUAGCGAUACAAUAAACUAACAUGUAAGAAAGUGUGAGAUUGCUUCAGGUAUAUUAUAUUUUUGAAAUUCUUGAGACAAGAAUGUUACCAUGUUUCAGUAUUAUAAUAUUUGAAACAAACAGACAUCAUUGCAGAAAUCAAAUAUAUUUAUUAGUUUUUGGUAUCUUUGUACAUGUAUUUCAUUUUUAAUAGUAUAACUCAAUUUGUUGAACUGUUAAAGUAGCAAUGAAAAAGAAUACAACCUUUUUUUUGGACAUUAUUCAUAAAUAAAAGCUGUUACUUAUUUUAGUGUCAGGUGUUAAGUUUUAUGGUAGCUCAUAUUCUACAACAAAAUGUUUACACAAUAUUUAGGUAUCGUAAACUGUUCAGUAAAAAAUCCAAUCAUAUAAGCACUGUCACUACAUUUCAUUGUUUUCUGCAUACAUUUUAUUUCAAUUUGCAUUAUCUUACAUAAACGAAUUCCUCUGCCCAUAUACAGCAUGCAUACAUUUGCAUUUCUUCAAAUUUUUCCAAUAUAGAAAACUUCCUAUCUACUGUACAUCCUUAAAUGACCUUAGCUGUUGAUAGGAUGUUAAACCCUGUAUAACCAACCCUAUCUACUGUAUUGUUUUAGAAUGAUAUAUGUGUUUCUAGUGUGUCUGAUUAUAUCAUUGUACAGUAAAACAUCAUUAUAAAACAUUUAGAUUUUUCUAAGACCUGUUUACCAUUUUAGAUUACCGGACAGGUAGUUUCCGCGGUUACAUUUUUAUGCUUUUUCAAAUAACUUAUUACGAUAUCUCUGUUUUUGGUCAUGUGAUAUUUUAAAAUACUAUGUGAGCUUAUGGUGUGGGACAUCGUCUGUCGUCCAUCAAUUUUUCUUUUAAAACACUAUUAGUCCCGAGCAGUGAUUGUGGAUUUUGAAUAAAUUUUAUUUGGAAUAUACUUAAGCAAAAUGAUUGUGUUGCUUCCCUUGUGUCAGAGGAGUGGGCCCAAGAGGGGGAAGAGAGGAAAAUCUGAAAGUAUAUCCUUCCAUAUUGAUAUAAAUCAAAUUUAGUCAAAAACACCUUUGGGCAAAGGGGAGUGCGUUUGUUGGGAAAUGUAUAUAGACAAAUACAUUUAUCUAUAAAAGUAUAAAAGAUAAGAUAUUAUCAAGUGCUAUCAGCUGUUGGUAACACUUCUCUAACAUUCAAUGAUACAAUGUAUACAUGCUUCUAAUAAACGUUUUGUUUUCACUAAC